CUUAUGGUGCAAGGAGUGUUCUAUGGAUGGCUAAGGAAAAGCUUAGUUGGCACUGAUCCCUCCUUUCCAUAUAGACGUAGCUUACAUUAGACAGCAAAUAGUCUGUUAUGCAUCGUAAAUAGUGCGUGUUUACAGAGCAUAGUGGAUGCAUGUUUAGCCAUGCGAUGAGGCCAGUGCACUUUGCAAGACUUGUGCUGCAGAGAGCCUCCGCAGAUCCCACGACCUGUUGCUGACAAGCUGGGAGAAGGAGAGGUGAGAGCCGCUUGAGAAGGGUAGCCUACUGCCUUGGAGACGAGAGCCGGUGGUUUCUUCACCCGGGAAAUCAUGCAGUUUGCAAUCUGGCUGGUUGGACUAAUGUGUCAUCUGUCAGCACUUGUCCGGAACUCCUUGGAAUACCGAUUGCAUCCGAAACAAGAAAGUUUCAUCAAACAGUUGUCAUCCUAUGAAAUUAUCACCCCGCUGCGGAUAAAUGAUUUCGGAGAAUCAUUCACCCACAAGUUUCACUACAAAAGGAAACGGAGAAGUGUUAAUUCUGAUUAUUCGAAUGGUUUAAGUGCUCACUACAGAAUUGAGGCAUUCGGACAACGCUUUCAUCUCAAUCUAACCGCCGACUCCGGUUUUAUUGCCCCCACGUACACUGUGACACACUUGGGAGCGGAACACAGCAACGGAACGGAGUCCCGACAACAAGAAGACAGCGAUAUACGGCACUGCUUUUUCCGCGGACACGUCAACGCCAAGAUUGAAUCCACUGCAGUCUUCAGUCUGUGCACAGGUCUUAUCGGGACAUUUACCACCCAGCAUGGUGAAUACUUCUUAGAGCCCCUGAUGAAGGCGGAGGAGGGGGAGGAGUACGACGAGGAGCACAACAAACCUCACCUCGUCUACAGACAGGACAGGAAGAGGAGAGAGGGCCCUGCCAGUGAACCCACACAACCCUGUUCAGCCUCUGGGGAAGGAUCGGAAAGGCCAGUUGUCAAUCUUCAGAGCGAUAGGAGUAUGGGAGAAGAGUUGGAUUCCCUGAGAGAUAGAAUGGACAUCCACCACUCCGGUUACGAGAUAGACCACACGACAGAACACCAUGUAGACAACCACACCACCAACUCCUCAGACCCCCGUCACAGAGCCCCGUCCAGGCAGAAGAGGUUCCUCUCGUACCCCCGCUACGUGGAACUGAUGCUGACUGCUGAUGUCAAGAUGGCGCGCCACCACGGACGCAACCUCGAGCACUACAUCCUAACAAUCAUGUCAGUAGUUGCUGCGGUCUACAGCGACCCAAGUGUAGGAAACCUCAUCAACGUCAUGAUUGUCAAGCUGAUCGUCAUCCACAAUGAACAGGAUGGGCCCUCGAUCAAUUUCAAUGCUGCUACUACCCUCCACAACUUCUGUGUCUGGCAACAGACCCAAAAUGUCCAGGACGACAGUCACCCUUCCCACCACGACACCGCACUCCUCAUAACAAGGGAAGACAUCUGCCGAGCGAAAGACAAGUGUGACACAUUGGGGCUGGCGGAGCUGGGGACCAUGUGUGACCCGUACCGGAGCUGCUCCAUCAGCGAAGAGAACGGACUCAGCGCUUCAUUCACCAUCGCUCACGAGCUGGGCCAUGUGUUCAACAUGCCCCACGAUGACAACCCCAAAUGCAGGGAGGCAGGCAUGAAGCACCAGUAUCACGUGAUGGCGCCCACCCUCAACUACGACACCAGCCCCUGGUCCUGGUCCAAGUGUAGUCGCAAGUACAUCACCGAGUUUCUGGACACAGGGUAUGGAGAGUGCCUAUUGGACGAGCCAGUGAGCAGAACGUACGAGCUGCCCAACCACCUCCCUGGUCAGAUUUACAACGCCAACCGGCAGUGUGAGCUCAUGUUUGGGCCCGGCUCCAUGGUCUGCCCUUACAUGAAACAAUGCAAGAGGCUUUGGUGUACGAGUGCUGAGGGGGACCAUAAAGGGUGUCGGACACAGCACAUGCCCUUGGCUGAUGGGACAGACUGUGGACAUGGAAUGCACUGCAGACAUGGGAAGUGUGUGAACAAGGUGCUGGAUCUGCGGCCGGUCCAUGGGGAGUGGGGCCCCUGGGGACCCUACAGUGUCUGCUCCAGGACCUGUGGAGGAGGCACCAGGAGCACCUCCAGAGACUGCAACAACCCUGAGCCCAGGAACAGAGGAAGGUUCUGUGUGGGUCGAAGGAUGAAGUUCCGGUCGUGCAACACUGAGCCGUGUCCCAGAGGACAAAGAGACUUCCGCGAGGAGCAGUGCUCUCAGUUCGACGGCAAGCACUUCAACAUCAACGGUCUACCUCCCACCGUCCGCUGGAUGCCCAAGUACAGCGGUAUUCUAAUGAAGGAUCGGUGCAAGCUCUUCUGUCGGGUUACCGGGACAAUGGCCUACUAUCAGCUGAAGGACCGCGUCAUCGACGGCACACCAUGUGGCCCAGACACCUACGACAUCUGCGUUCAAGGCCUCUGUCGGCAAGCAGGCUGUGACCAUGUGUUGAACUCCAAGGCGAAGAACGACAAGUGUGGAGUGUGUGGAGGGGACAACUCCUCCUGCAAAACCCUCGCUGGGACCUUCAACGACGCCGAGUAUGGUUACAACACAGUAGUUCGGAUCCCUGCAGGAGCCACCAACAUUGAUAUCAAGCAGGUCAGCUACUCUGGGAAGCCGGAGGAUGACAACUACCUCGCUUUAUCUGACAGCCAUUCUAACUUUCUCCUGAAUGGAAACUUUGUGGUGGCCAUGUUCAAAAGGGAAAUCACCUUCAAGGGAACCGUCAUUGAGUACAGCGGCUCAGACACCAAAGAGGAGCGCAUUAACUGCACUGAACGCCUUGAGGAGGAACUCAUCCUACAGGUCCUGUGUGUGGGGAACCUGUACAACCCAGACGUGCGCUACUCGUUCAACAUCCCCAUCGAGGAGCACAGGGAGCAGUUUGUGUGGGACCCCUCGGGCUCCUGGCUGGAGUGCAGCCGCGUGUGUCAGGGUGAGCGAUGGCGCAAGGCAGCGUGUGUGAGGAAGAGUGACCACCUGGGGGUUUCUGACCAGCGCUGUGAGCCUCUACCCCGUCCCAACGCUGCCACUGAGCCAUGUAACACUGACUGUGAACUCAGGUGGCACAUAGCAGGGAAGAGUGAGUGCUCUGCUAAGUGUGGCCCUGGCUACCGGACCCUGGACGUGCAGUGUAUGAGGUACAGCUCGCUGAAGAGGCAGAGUGAGAGGGUGGAGGGGAGGGCCUGUUCUGACCUACCCAAACCACAGGCCAGAGAGGCCUGCCACGGCGACUGUCUGCUCAAGAGCUGGCAGUACAGCACCUGGUCCCAGUGUUCUAAGACGUGUGGUCACGGGGCCCGUACCAGGGACUCCUACUGUAUGAACAACCUGGGGAGGAGACUGGUGGACAGGGACUGUAGUGACUCCCUGAGACUGGUCACCGAGAGCUGCAACGACCAGGCCUGCCCUGGCUGGUCAGCCAGCGAGUGGAGCGAGUGCUUGGUGACGUGUGGGAAGGGGAUGAGGCACAGGCAGGUGUCCUGUAGCAUGGGGGUAGGAGAGGAGAAGCUGAGCGAACACUUCUGUGACCCGAACGCUAAGCCUCCGGCUGUGGGGAGCUGUGAGCUGCCAGAGUGUGCCUCCUGGCAGGUCGGAGUCUGGGGACCGUGUGCGGUGACGUGUGGCCAUGGUUACCAGAUGCGGGCUGUGAGGUGUGUGUCAGGGGCAUAUGGUGACACGGUGGAUGACAGGGAGUGUAACGCUGCAUCCAGACCCAGGGACAGCCAAGACUGUGAGGUGGCACCAUGUCCCUGGGCCUCUCCUCAACACAGCACCGUCCGACCUGACAGCUCUGGUCAGUUCUUCACACAGUGGAGAUACGGCUCCUGGACCACGUGCUCUGUCUCCUGUGGGAAAGGGAAGCGUGCCCGUUACGUCAGCUGUCGGGACGCCCAGGGUGGAGUGGCAGACGAGUCCUACUGUGCCCAGCUGCUCCGGCCCCCAGAAUCCUCAGCCUGCUUCAGCCCGUGUGGCCAGUGGCGCUCCUGGGAGUGGUCUCCUUGUUCAGUGACGUGUGGUGUGGGCCGGGCCACCAGGCAGGUGGUGUGCAGUAACUACCACCACCAGGUGGACGAGUCCUUCUGCGAUCAGGACGAGAGGCCCAGCACAGAGCAGGAGUGUACAGGCGCCCCCUGCCCCUCCGUGUACCGCCAGAGGCCCAACGACCAGCCCUACAGCCCCCACGACCCCGCCAGCCACCCGGGACACAGCAGCUGGAACGUCCCCUCGGCAGACAACCAGUGGAGGACGGGACCCUGGGGAGGAUGCUCCAGUACGUGUGCGGGGGGCUUCCAGAGGAGGGUGGUGGUGUGUCAGGAUGCGGAGGGUCGCAGCACCAGCCACUGUGACCAGAGGGUCAAACCUGCCGAGUCCAAGAACUGCGACUCAGGACCCUGCCCUCUGUGGAACUACGGCGUCUGGGGAGAGUGUACCCAGACGUGUGGUGGAGGCAGGAGGACGCGCCAGGUGGUAUGCCAACGGCCCAACGGUCAAAGACUCAACGACCACAACUGUGACAUCCUGGACAAGCCUCCCGACGUGGAGCAGUGUAACCUGGACCUGUGCCCGGGCAGCGCAUCAUGGCACCGCCGACCAUGGAAGCCGUGUUCUGUGAGCUGUGGCCGUGGGACCAAGCAGCGGGAGAUAGCCUGUGUUUACCCAAACCAAACCCAAAUAGAGGAAGAUCACUGCAGUCAUCUGUCACGUCCCCGGACAGAAAAGGCCUGCCGAGCCCGGGGAUGCCCCAGCUGGAAAGCCAACAGGUGGAGCGAGUGCUCUGUCCCCUGUGGAGUAGGGGUCCAGAACAGAGAAGUGUACUGCAGACUGAAGGGUACAGGGCGGGUGAGAGAAGAGCUGUGUGGUGCCCACAACCAUCCUGCCACUGCCCAGCCCUGCCAGGCUACUGAGUGUCUCCAUUACACCUGGGCAGCCGGAGAGUGGCAAGAUUGUAACGUCACCUGUGGAGAGGGUAUGAGGAACAGGAAGGUUCUGUGCGUGGGGGCUGGGCUGACCCCUGUCCAGGAUGCCCUCUGUGACCCCUCGUCUUGCCCUGCCCUGCGCCAGCCCUGCAGCGGAGCAGCCUGCCACUACACGUGGAUGACAGGGGAGUGGUCACAGUGCUCUGCCAGCUGUGGAGUGGGCUACCAGCAGCGUAUAGUGUCCUGCUCCGUGAUGCCAUCCUCCCAGACCCUGCACCCAUAUGAUGCCCAGUCCGCUGCACAGUCCCGCCCCCACUGUCCAGAGCCCCACCCGCCUGGCACCAGACAGUGCCUCCUUAGGGACUGCCCACAAGCUGCCUACUGGAAAGUUGGCCCAUGGAGCAAGUGCUCCCAGACGUGUGGUGCGGGAGUGAUGGAGCGCAGGUUGGAGUGUCUGGCCUCUAAAGGCCAACCGUCCAAACACUGCCGUCCAGCCGAGAGGCCCGAGUCACGGGCCGCCUGCCGAGAGAGAGAGUGUCAGCUGUUCAUGUCCUGCAGAGAGGUCCAGAUGAGACAGGGAGUGAGGAUGGAUGGGGAGUUCUACCUGAAGGUCAAGUCCAGGAUACUGCAGAUCUUCUGUGCUGAGAUGCAGACUCAUUUCCCUAAAGAAUACAUUACACUGCGGAGUGGUCAGACAGACAACUACUCAGAGGUCUAUGGAUACAGGUUGCUGAACCCUUUUGAGUGCCCGUAUAAUGGCAGCAGAAGGCAGGACUGUGACUGCAGGAACGAUUACUCUGCAGCGGGAUACACUCUCUUCCACAAGGUCCGUCUGGACAUCAGCUCCCUGAGGAUAAUGACCACAGACCUGCGGUUCUCUCAGACCCUGCUUGGCCGUCCCGUCCCGUUCGCCACGGCGGGAGACUGUUACAGCGCUGCCAAGUGUCCUCAGGGCCAGUUUAGCAUCAACCUCAUAGGGACUGGUCUGAAGGUGGCUGAGGCAACCAAGUGGACCUCACAGGGCAACUAUGUCUCUGUCAAAGUCCACAGAUCAGAGGACGGGGCAAGAAUCUACGGUCGCUGUGGUGGCUUUUGUGGGAAGUGCAUUCCCCAGCCUCACAACGGCCUGCUGGUUCAGGUCCAGUAAGGGUCGGAGCAACGUCAGACCAGACAGUGAAACAGACACCAGACCAGAGCUUCCGGGGAUCCAAUGCACUUCAUUUGUGAAUGUGGCCACUAACUCCUCCCUUCAUCACCCCUUCCUCCCCACCCGGCAGCUACAACAUAGGGACAGCUCAAAGAAUGUCACUGAGUAGACCAAACAUUAGGAACACCUUCCUAUUAUUGAGUUGCCCCCCACAAACCAGUGCGCCUGGCACCUACCCUGUAAAUAUUCUGUCUUGCCCAUUCUCCAUCUGAAUGGCACACAUACACAAUCCAUGUCUCAAUUGUCUCAAGUGUCAAAAAUCAUUCUUGAACCUGUCUCCUUCCCUUCAUCUACACUGAUUGAAGUGGAUUUAACAAGUGACAUCAAUAAGGGAUCAUAGCUUUCCCCUGGAUUCACCUGGUCAGUCUGUCAUGAAAAGAGCAGGUGUUCUUAAUGUUUUGUACACUCAGUGUACACACCGCUAGCUAUGCAGGGUCCUUUAAAAGAAGACAAGACAACCUUAUUAUGUCCAUCCUCGCUAGUGUUAGUAAUUGUAGUGGUGACCAAUCUGCAUUGGAAUAUGAAAAGCAGAAUUUUUCAAACACUCUCACAUAUUCCAGCAUUGUACAGUCUCAAAGGGACACAAUCAUAUUUCUGGUCGGAAGUUGCAACACUGAGGUAGCCACUGCAUAGUACAGAGCUUAGGGAAGAAUCCUCUCAUGGUUGGAAGUGAGAUCUUCCUCAUCUCACUAAGGGACCAUUUUCUUAUGGCACUCAAAAGAAACAGGAAAUAGUCAUUAUAGAACUGGCACAACGUAUUUUUAUACUGUCAGCGAGGAAACUUUUUGUUCUUAAAAUGGAGCAUCUCGCUAAAUAUUUGAAUUGUAUUCGCUAAUAGUGUCAUGACACGUGGGUUAUUACGCAUUCCUGCCAAAAGGCUGUUUUUGUUGUGAUUAGAAUGAAUCCAAAAUGAUAGGAAGAAGAAAGCUACAGAUCAGAAGAUACGUCCAGACAUCGUUUUUUGGGAAAUAUUUGUUCACCAAUUAGUUGGCUAGGGUUUGUGUACUACUGUUGUUGUGCAUUCUUCUACUAAUGGUCACCCAGACUUGCCUUAUCUCAGAGGUCAAAGGUUACAGUGACACUGUUCAGAACCCAAUGUUACUGACUACUGACUGACACUGUGAUUAGAAUGAUAUCUCUAGCAGGUCAUAGAGAGACAACCAAUAGACACUAACUCAUUGGUGAUGUGGUCUGGGGAAAAAGAUUGGUUGUUUGUCCCUGGAAAACAGUUUGUUUAUAUAUUUAAAUGAAUUCAUAUGGUGGUAACUGUUGUCUACAUCAUUUAAGAGGUGGAAAGUCAAGGCCAAGCUCUCAUCUCCAGUCAGUAACUAGUUUGGCUUAGUUCACUUGUGACAUUGUUUUCCAGAACAUGUCUCUUCUAGGUCCUAUAGGUGCAUGCGACCCUACCUCUCACAAGCAUCCAUACUCAUGAGAUGUAUUUCAUUAUAUCGUCAGAUAUUUGUUUGACCAUAUUUAUACUGUAAUGAUACAUAGAUACAUGUUUUUGUACUACAAUGAAUACUAAAAGCUGGGACGUUAUUGUUUGGUUUACUGUUUGUUGCUGAAAAGGUAUUACAGUGUGUAGGGUGAGUAACUACUAACCUGAAAGAGGCUCUUUGAAUGGUGCUUUAAAAGCACUGACAUCACCACUAAUCUUGAGGGAACUCACUGUUGGCAUUCGAACUGCCAUUAGCUUCAUGCCUAGUGUAAAUGUACUACUACAGAAUAAUGCCAACAAUGCUUUGCAGAACAUGUCAUGGUCUUUUUAUUAAUGUAGCUUAAGACCAACCUGGAGGGUUGCCAGAUAUGCUGAACUACAUGAGGGAACCUGCCUGAAGUAGCCCUAUCAUCAUUUAGGUAAAUGGAACUCUUUUUCACCACUAUAACUGGGCAGAUUUGGCAACCCUGCCAUGCUGGUACUCCGAUGUUAAGCUUUAACCAAAGUUUCAUAGAUGCAGAUUAGAACUUUUGUCAGACAAUGCAGCUACUUUUGAUUUAAGAAAUGGUAGGUAGAAAACCCCUUACAAAAGUCAACGAGCAGCUAGAAAACCUUUGGCUAUCAUUCUUGUUUGAUAGGCAAUUAUACUAUGACGAGGUCUGUAUCAGAAAUUGAAAGAAUACUUGAUGCACUAUGUGCCAUAAAUUUUGUAGAAAAGUAAUCCUGUUUGUUUCUUUAAAAAAAAAUAAUAGUUAAGAUUUGUAACUUAUGAUGUAUGUUUAUUUUUUAAUAUUCGUGCUGUGUUUUGAAUGUAAUGGGAAUUGGUACUGAAUUGAACAAGAUGCUUGUUUGCUAUGUAUUAUCCAAAGAUGAUUUUAAGAAUCAUAUGUACUUACAGUGUGUAUGUCGGUUAUAUAAAAUGGAAUGAUCCUGGUGCUAUGGUCACUAAUUGUAAUUGUAUCAACAUCGUAGGUCUUGCUACUUUACUAAUACUGUAAAAUGAGAAAUAAUAAAAUAUUUUAAUGCUUUUCAA